GGUUUUGGUGAUUUAGCUUUUCACCACACAGACCUGACUGGCAAAGGGUGCUGGGAAUUAGAUAAAGCAUAAUUAAUACCCUGAUCGGGAAGGGCAUUGUUUGCAUUGUUGUGGUUUAAGCGCAGGGAAGCCAGUCCUUGUCAUAGUCUGCGACAGAUAAUGGAGCAGCUGUAAUUCAGAGCUGAAGACCUGGCAGGGAGAGGCAGAGCUGUUCAGCCUAUUUACAAACUGGAAACUGUAUUGCUUUACCAGGGGUCUUUUAAAAAAUAUAUAUGUAAGGAAAGGGGGAAAGAAAAUUGCGUGUGUGGAAAUGAGAUGCAGAGAGUACCCUAUACGCUACUGGAGUUUAACAUUGCUUUUCAAGGCAAUUGUAUGGAUUAGAGCUACACUGCAUACUUUUUUAAGGGUUGUAUGUCUCAUAUUAACAGUACAAAAGAGUGGCAUUGGAACCACCCAGUAGUAAAAAAAAAAACAACAACAAAAAAAAACAGUUUUGAAGUGGUUAAAAAAAAGAGAGAGAGGAAAAAAACCACUUAUCAAUCCAGAGUAUGAGGGGAGAGUUCCGGACAGUUCUACUGGAGACAUCAAAGAGGGGAGGUGAUUAUUGCUGCUGUUCUGCUUGUCCUCCUGUUAAUGGGCAGGUGCUAAGCCAGGAUACAGUGCCAUGUGGGGUCUCUCGCUGCCUGUACUGACAACAGGGAAGACAAUGGGCUUCGGAAUGUUGACACAGGGGCAAUGAGGUGUCUCUCCCGUGGUAACACAGGCUUCUGCUUGAGCCUGGCGUAAGAAGGUUCCUCAGAAGUUGAUGAUAUGUUUGUAAACCUUCUGCGUCUUUGAUUUUACCACAUACAAUGUUGAAGCUAAAAGCCUUCUGUUUGGAUUACUGGCAGUUCUGGUGUCUACAGCCUCUCAAUGGCUUUUAUAAAAGCGUGGAGGGUGACACUCCAGCCAGCGAGACUGGCACUUUCCUGGACAGCCCUUCAAGCUACGGUCGAGAACCCGUGACCCACACUUCUGCUCUUAGUCCUGACUACUUUGAUCACCCCCUGUACGGACAUUCCACAUCUCUAGGGCAACAGCGACCCCGGCGACCUAAGCUGCAACACUCUACUUCUAUACUGCGCAAGCAGGCGGAGGAAGAAGCAAUUAAGCGUUCUAGAUCCUUGUCAGAGAGCUAUGAACUCUCCACAGAUCUACAGGACAAGAAGGUGGAGAUGCUAGAACGUAAAUAUGGGGGACGUUUUAUAACUAGACAUGCAGCUCGCACCAUUCAGGCGGCAUUCCGCCAAUAUCAGAUGAACAAAAAUUUUGAACGACUGAGGAGUUCUAUGUCCGAAAAUCGCAUGUCCAGACGCAUUGUCCUGUCCAAUAUGAGAAUGCAGUUUUCCUUUGAAGGGCCUGAAAAAGUCCACAGCUCUUACUUUGAGGGCAAGCAGGUCUCUCUAACCAACGAUGGCACCAAGAUAGGCGCGAUCGUCCAGUCUGACUGUGGUGACCUGGGAGGUCCAGCCAGUGUGAAGCCGCCAGCCGCACAGAACGAUUUCACGGAUGCAAUUACAGAGCUGGAGGAUGCUUUCUCGAGGCAAGUCAAAUCCCUGGCAGAGUCUAUCGACGAUGCCCUGAACUGUCGUAGCUUGCAGCAGGAGGAGGGUCGGCCUGAUCAAGGCAGAGGUCAUCCCAACAUGGAGAGAGAAGUUGCCUACCAGUUGAAACCGUCACACAGCGUGGAUCACCGCAAGCUGGAUGAGAUGACAGCGUCGUACAGUGACGUGACUUUAUAUAUCGACGAGGAAGAGCUCUCACCGCCUCUUCCUUUGUCUCCGUCUGUAGAUCGGACCACCAGCACAGAAUCCGACUUGAGGCUUAGAUCUGCUAACUCUUCCCAGGAGUAUUGGUCUAUGACCCACAAGGACGAUAAGGUAGAUACUGAUACAAGCUGCCGAAGCACACCCUCACUGGAGUGCCAGGAACAAAGGCUAAGAAUAGACCAUCUACCUUUACUCACCAUAGAGCCGCCCAGUGACAGCUCUGUGGACCUCAGUGACCGAUCGGAUAGAGGUUCACUGACGAGGCAAAACGCCUACGAUCGGGGGGUCGCGAGUCAGCAAGGAAGCCCGAAACACAUCUCUCAUGGGAUUCCUCCAAGAGGCUCUUCUCGAGAAGAAGAGCAAGCAAGGCACCGGCCCAGGCAGCUGGAUAGCCACUUGGCCAUCAACGGCACUGCCAACAGGCAAAGCAAAUCAGAGUCGGACUUCUCCGACGGGGACAAUGACAGUAUUAAUAGCACUUCUAACUCGAAUGAUACAAUUAACUGCAGCUCGGAGUCAUCAUCCAGAGACAGCUUGAGAGAGCAGACACUGAGCAAGCAGACGUAUCACAAGGAAACCCGCAAUAGCUGGGACUCGCCCGCCUUCAGCAAUGACCUCAUCAGGAAGAGGCAUUACAGGAUUGGAUUAAACCUGUUUAACAAGAAGCCAGAGAAGGGGACCCAGUACCUGAUCGAGCGAGGGUUCGUUCCUGACACACCUGUGGGUGUGGCCCACUUCCUGCUCCAGAGGAAGGGCCUGAGCAGGCAGAUGAUUGGAGAGUUUCUGGGAAAUCGGCAGAAACAGUUCAACAGAGAUGUCCUAGACUGUGUGGUGGAUGAGAUGGAUUUCUCAGUAAUGGAACUGGACGAAGCUCUCCGGAAGUUCCAGGCUCACAUCCGGGUCCAAGGAGAAGCCCAGAAAGUAGAGCGGCUGAUUGAAGCUUUCAGCCAGCGGUACUGUAUCUGCAAUCCUGGGGUGGUGAGACAGUUUAGAAAUCCAGACACGAUCUUCAUCCUGGCCUUUGCAAUCAUACUUCUAAACACGGACAUGUACAGCCCCAAUGUGAAGCCAGAACGCAAAAUGAAACUGGAGGACUUUGUUAAGAAUUUACGGGGGGUGGAUGACGGGGAAGAUAUUCCGCGGGAAAUGCUGGUCGGGAUCUACGAGAGGAUCCACAAGCGGGAGCUGAAGACCAAUGAAGACCAUGUGUCCCAGGUGCAGAAGGUCGAAAAGCUGAUUGUGGGCAAAAAACCUAUUGGAUCUCUGCAUCAUGGACUUGGUUGUGUGCUUUCUUUGCCCCAUCGAAGGCUGGUUUGUUACUGCAGACUGUUUGAAGUCCCGGACCACAACAAACCUCAGAAACUGGGACUGCACCAGAGAGAGAUCUUCCUGUUCAAUGACCUUCUUGUGGUCACAAAAAUUUUUCAGAAGAAGAAAAUCUCCGUGACGUACAGCUUCAGGCAGUCAUUUUCACUGAAUGGGAUGCAGAUUCUCCUCUUUGAAAACCAGUAUUAUCCGAACGGAGUAAGGCUUACGUCAGCUAUCCCAGGUGCAGACAUUAAAGUUCUCAUAAACUUCAAUGCACCCAACCCCCAGGAUCGGAAGAAAUUUACAGAUGAUCUCAGGGAGUCCAUCGCAGAGGUCCAGGAAAUGGAGAAGUACAGGAUAGAAUCUGAGCUGGAGAAGCAGAAAGGAGUAAUGCGUCCGAGCAUGGCUCAGAGCUCGGGGCUGAAGAAAGAUGCAGGCAACGGUACCAUGAACCGGCCCAGCCUGGACGACAGCUACGCCACUGGGGAGGGGCUGAAGAGGAGCGCCCUGAGCAGCUCCCUCCGAGACCUCUCCGACGCAGGCAAGCGUGGGCGUCGCAGCAGUGCAGGAUCACUAGACAGCAAUAUGGAAGGGUCCAUCAUUAGCAGUCCUCACAUGCGCCGGAGAGCCACCUCGACCCGCGACUGUCCUUCUCGCCCACACCAGACUGUCCCUAAUUCCUCCUCGCUCCUGGGAACACUUUUUGGCAGUAAGCGGGGGAAGCCAUCCUGCCAGGGCCCUGGCCCCCCUCCUCUUCCUCCUCCACAGUCUCAGCACCCCCCUCUCCUCCCCCACCCCUCCAGCCUGCACCACACCGGACCUGUAGAGACACAAACACAGGCACAGAUGCACACACACCACUCGCAGUACUGCCCCGUCCAGCAGAACCCACCUCCCUACCACCACCACCACCACUACCACCCACCACAGCAUGCCCAGCACCCUCCACACCAAUACCACCAGCACCCCCCCUACGCGAUGCAGUCUCACACGCCUCACUCCCAGCAUGCACCACACCACCACGGCCAGCAGCAGCCUCCCCCUCCCCAGCCCUCGAGCAGCAGCAGCAGCAGCAAGCCCAAACACAGCGGCAUUAGCACCAUCGUCUAAAAUGCUAAUAAAAAAUGAAGGAAGAAAGAUACACGCCUUGUGUGACAAUAACAGACAGAACCACUCACUGGUUGCAGUCGUGAAGGCACUUAAUUCCAGGUAGCAUUAUUUCAAGAUGCUGUGCACAGGGAGCAAGAAAAAAAAAGGCACUUGAUUGACUACUUCUGUUUACUUGAGAGCCUUUGGUGUUCAAGAAGUGGAAUUCAGAGGAAUGUUUUCAUUCUCCAUGCUUACCAAUCAUUUACAGAAAUAAUGUUUGUGCUUGCUCUCUCACUCAGUUGCUGUAACAUACGGCAAACAAAUGUCUUCAUUUGGGCUUCACUGUACCAAGGAGAGAAAGGAGUGAAGUGCAUCAUGGUUACAAAUUCUGACUCCUUAGCGAUGCAUGUGCAGAAGCAAAGUUUUAUUCUCAAACAAAAUGGCUAUAUGUAAGUUGCGCACUGUAAAUGAAUUGUACCUGAUUCAAGAACAGCGUAUACAUCAUUUAAGAAUUUAGACCCAAGAGCUUGGAAAGCAAAAUAUAUUAAAGUACAUACAGUAGAUGUUCCAAUAUUUACUCUGUAGCCCACAGUACACAGUGAGGUGAUUUAGCAAUCAUAAGUAAAUGUGCCAAUUAUUAAAGCAUUUACUAUUUUAGUCGAAUAACACUGCUUUGUGUAUAUCGUGCAUAUUUUGUAAAAUAAAUAAAUAAUAAUAAUAAUAAUAAUGAAAUAAAAAAUAAGUAAAAAAGCAUCAUAUGAAAAAUAGCAGGAAUGUAACCACCCUGUUGUAGCAGAUUUAGUUCACUAGUUUAAAAAGAAGCAUAAAAAAAUAGUAGGCAAUUAAACAAGAUGGUACAUCUCUGGUUGCCUUAUUGCAUCACAUAGAACUUCUGAAUAUUUGAAAUAUUGCAGUUGCAGCAUAACCCACUCACCAGGUGUCUGUAUAUAAAAUACAGAGUAACAAAAUGGACUUCCCAGCUGAGUCUUCAAAUGUCAAGCAGCAAGGAGCAGAGGAGCCUCAUCAUUAGCUCUGAGGGGAGAUCACAGCUGCUUGUGCACCAUUAUUUUAUUUUUUUAACUUUUUUUUUGUUUUUGUUUUUAAAUACUGUACAUUGUGUUAUUAGGUUUAUCAAUGGUUAGAUCUUGGUGUGAUUCUGUUAAAAAACUAAAAUCUUGCCUGUGCGAUUUGAAGGAGAUACUUUGCAAGCAGGUUAUAGCAGGAAAACAUUCAGAUCUAUUUCUUCCACUUCUCUGCUCUUCACAGAAAUAUCAUUGUACUCAGCAGGCUGAGUCUGCCCUGAUUACUCACAAUGCACUCUUAGAUUUGAAGUAGUAAUCAUUGGUGGAUGAAUUUAUUUGCUAUGCAUUGCUAGCAUGUUGCAAUCACAUAACAUUUAUUUUUCAAUACAAGGUGAGAGGGGAAGGAAUGUUUUAAUCUAUUGCCAAGAAACUAAUUCAGUCGAGGUCUUGCACUGAAUCUUGGAGAAUUAGUGUUCCGCUUGUGAAUUAGGUGGAUAUAUAGCUUAGUUUUGUUUUUUUAAACCUCUAAUUUUCUACAUUUUGAAAAGUAAUAGUUGGUUCAUAUUGUAACACUAAAACUGAGUUGGAGUGAUCCUCUGAAGUUUCUUUUCCUUUUUGAUUUUCGGGGACAGCUUCCUUUGAGAGGUGUGAGUGAGUGGCGUGUGUGCGUGUGUGAGAGAGAGAGAUAGCGAGGGGCUGAGAUAAUGAACUCUCAUCAGGUCUGGACGCAUUCCGAAAAAAAAAAAAAAAAAAAAACAUUUAUAACUUCUAACUUCCCACAAUGCUUCAGUCAACUUCCAAGUAAGUCAACUCAGCACUUUGUCAGUCUCCAUUGAAAGCAAAUACUAACAAUCUAGAGUUUAGCCUGUUGUCCUUUUUUUUUGUAUGUGCAAUAUUUUUUUUCCAUCGUAGUACAACAAAAUGGAGAAGAAACAAGCUCCUUUAUUUGAUAUGUUGAUUUUUUUUUUUUCUGUAUAUCCUGAAUCAUAAUGUCCUACCCCACGGGGUGCUACAGUGGACUGUUAGGCUCUCUGUCCUUUGCAAUGAUAAGGAAUGUGUGAUAAAAAAAAAGUGCAUGUCAUGUUAAUAUUAUGAGGCUACUCUACAUAUUGUAUAUUUGCAGAAUAUAUCAGUGUUACUGUUGACUAUAGUUGAAGUUAAGUGAUAAGAACAUAUUAAAAUAUGUUGACUUUUCUUCUUACCUCUUUGCCAUUAGUAGAGUAUGUUCUGUAGUUUGCUCCUGGAAAUAUCAGAUAAUAGGGCUAGAUGUUAUACUAAUGAAAAUAUUUAUAAAAUGGCAGAAGGAAGCAAAUGCAUAAUUCAAAUUGUGGAAAUAUUUGAGUGGCAAAGAGUAGUGCGUACUUCAUGCUGAACCGUUUAUGUAGUGAGGUAAAACUUUCAGAUCAUCAAACAACAGAAAAAACAACAUUCCAAAAAUAGUAAAUGGUGCCUAAAAUUAUUUUCUAAAACAAAACACACAAAGCAUGGCAAUUAGUGUAAUAGGACCUACCUAAAUGGUGUAAGUGUUGUGGCAGUUGGUUAUACAGCUUCCUGUGGCUUGUAUGGUAUUAGCCAGUCCAGUGAAUAAAUACAGAAAAACAUUAAAACAAAAACAGGUUUUGAACACAUCAUCCAUUUAACAACAGUUCAUCCUAGAAUUGGAAUACAACACCAGCCUUCUCACCUGAUUUUUUCUGUUGGGAAAGCAGUAAUUAAUUGUCUGUUAAGAAUGAAUUGUAUGGCAAUGUAAAAAUGAAAACAAAAAAAAAAACAACUGUAAAAGUUCACCUAAAUAUAACGUACAUGUAUUGUAUUUCUUCAGAUAUGUGUGCAGCCAUUCAGUGUGGAAAAUGUUUUUUCCCCAUAAUGCACUGCAUGCCGCAGCAGCCUCUAGUUACUUGUUAACAUCAAGCUGAUGGAAACUCAGCCAAUGUAUUUUCAUUUGUGUUUUGUUUUAUUUUAUUUUUUAAGUGAAACUCUUGAUGUUGACUUGCUGUUCCAUAUUAUGCUGUGUGUACCUAUGGUCCAGCAUGCAUUUCACAAUGUAAUUGUUGUAAAAAAAAAAAAAAAAACACUACUUCUGCCUGCAAACUGAGGAGUGACUGUGUACAUAAAAUUCCAAGAGCCUAGAAAAAAUACCAUAUCUCAAGGCAACAAGGAAGAGGCGGGAGAGGGGUGGUAAUUUUGGGAGGUGGGACCAAUGGAAAAGGCAACUCUGAAAAUAAACUGUACAUAGUGUGUAUAUUAGUAUUCCAGCACAAUGUCUGCAGUCACACUGAGGUUUCAUUCCUAUCUCCUCCCUAGAAAAAAAAAAAAAAAUCUUGUAAACAUUUAGCUUACCUCUGCUGUAAUCUGUAUUAAACUCUUCUAGGAUUUAGGUCUUGAACACAGACCUGUUAAAAAACUACCACUGCUUUUCAUGCUCAUCAUGGGGCGCUUCUAAAGGCCUGAGACUCAUUUUGUAAGUACAGGGGACGAGAGGAGUGCUUUCAUUUUAGUAUGCAUUCUGUUUGUAAGUAGUUAUAACACCCUAUCGAUGUAAAACUAUAACUGUGAUAAUGUCGAGAACGCAAAAAAUAAACAAAGUAAGACUC